AUGGUGUACUGUGGCCAGGGCCAGAAAGUGCAGAAGGUGAUGGUGCAGCCCAUCAUGAACCACUCACUGUGGUUCUAGGAGGAAGUGGAAGUGCGGACGGAGGGCUGUAUCAUUGGUGUUGAUGAGUACAUGAACCUGGUCUUAGAUGAUGCUGAAGAGAUUCAUUCUAAAACAAAGUCAAGAAGACAACUGGGUCAGAUCAUGCUAAAAGCAGAUAAUAUCACUCUGCUACAAAAUGUCUCCAACAGAAAUGAUCAAUGA